CUCAGCGAACGCGAAGUUAUGUGGGCUUAACGUCGAAUAUCCAAUACAUACAGUACUUAUUAAAUAAGUAUUUUUCCUUUUGCUACGUACUCUGAUACUUUUACGUUUUUAAUCUGUUGCUGCAUUCGACAAUGGCAGUGCUGUAAUCGGCAGCAAAAUUCGAAGAGCCGAAAUCUGUGGAACGCAUACAUCCUUUUCUUCAAAUGCUUGGCUGUCAGCAUCUGUUAACAUCAUGAAACCCGCACAAAUUGGUAGGACUUGCCAGCAUCACUGGGAUGGAAAAACAGGCCGCAUUGGGAAUGGUUUUUUUGGCGAAGUUUUUACGGCGAGAAUUACUGAGCGCGGAGAUUACACCGGACAAGAUGUUGUGGUUGUCAAGAGGGUGUACAUGAAGCAUACGCAGUUUCUGGAGGAUACGAACAAUUUUGCCAGAUAUCAGCAGAGACUGCAAGCCAUCUUUUGUCUUACUCAUGACAACUUGAUGAAAUACCAUAAAGUCUCCGUAUACCCACAACUUGUCGGUGCCACAUUCGAGUUUAUGAUGGACUACUAUCCCUAUGGGAAUCUUAGAGCUAGACUGGAUAUGAUGAAGAAUACCAGAACACUCUUGGAUCCCGCUAAGGCUGUCCGGUAUUCCGUCGAUCUCGCGAGCGGCUUGUCAUUUCUCCACCAAAACAACCUUACGCACGGCGAUCUGAAGCCGGAGAAUGUCCUGAUCGACUGCGCGGACGGUCGACCAGAAAAACUGCUCAUCUCGGACUUGGACGGCAUUGUCACCAUUUUGCGCGGCGCUAUCAGCUCGUUGUCCAACGGGCACUGGCGCACCAGUAUGCGCUACAUGUCCCCGGAGAUGCUGGAUGCCUUUACGCCGGCCGCCCAGCAUGACGUCUGGUCGGCCAUUCCCGCGGCGAAGACCGAUGUGUGGAGUGCGGGCUGUAUCGCGCUGGACCUGAUACGCUGCAUCACCGGCGACCAUCAGGAGCUUCUGCGCAAUCCCGUCACCGGCCAAGUUAUGGGCCAGGAGCGCCGGCUGAGUACGAUGGCCUUCCUCGUCGCCGUGAGUGUUCAUCACUGUAUUCCCGUAAUUAAUGCUCCCCCGCCGGUUCCUCCGUUGUUGGCUGAGUGUGUACGACGCUGCUUGCAAGUCGAUAUUAACGACCGAUUGUCGGCCGAGACGUUGCUCAAGGAGCUCUUGUCCAUGAAGCUCAACUGAUCUAAAUGUUGUGACGGUUUUAUAACUCUUUUAAACUGCGGCCUAAUGCUUUGUUAGUGCGCAAAUUUAGUUUUUGUCAGGAGGUUUCGCGAAGCACAAGACGGAAACCGAAGAUUAAGUAUUACGCCUCUAUGGUAUUACCAGUUUUGUACACCAUCACUAGAACUUUCGUUUUGUGCGCAGCCUCGGAUACUUCUUUUGCUUCUGGUUUAGGUCAUUCCGUCGGCUGGUAUAGGCAAAUUAAAGUGGACAAACAUUA